UACGCCUCUAAGCACCAAGAAGCAGGGAUUGUAGGAGAUGACAUUUCCGCUUGGAUUUGUUUUAUACUCUUCCCGGCAUGUGAACCACUGGGGGCUUUGACUUGCACGGACAAGCUUGGGCGUGCACGGCUCAAAAGGAAGGAUGACACUUUAGUUUUGGGAAGCCCAAUCCAGCGAUGGCUUCUGAACAGUGCCCGCACAUGCAAUACACUCACCCUGGAUCGGGACCCACUCUGGAACAGGGCUGCCCGCAGAUGCAACUCACUCCUGAGCAGGGCUGCAUGACAGGAAAUAGCGCACCUUGCGGUAGCAGCAUGGGCUACGGCGGCGGUUGCGGCAAUUGCAACGGCAAUUGCAAUUGCAUGCAAGGUAUGCAAGACAUGCAAUGUAUGCAAGGUAUGCAACAGCAAGCAAUGCCGUGUAUGCAAGGCUGCAGCUUCGGCAUGGAUGGGUGUGGCAUGCAGGGGGCAAGCCAAUGUAAUGGCAACUGGCCAUCCUGCGCUUGCAACGGGAACUGGCAAAGUUGCUGUGGCAAUACAGGCAAUGCAGGAUGCCAAUGCCAACAGGGCAUGUGUCCAAACCAGUGGCAAUGCCAGUGCCCGUGCGGAUGGCAACAGUGUGGUUGCAACUGUGGCUGGGGUGGAUGCAACGGCAACUGCUGGAAUCCAGGUUGCCAAAAUUGCCAGUGGGGCUGGCAGCAAAACUGCAACGAGCCCCGAUACUCCGGACGCACUCGAGCUGAAUGGGCCAACUGGAUUGCAACCCCUUGCGGCGAUCGUUGGUGCCAAACCAAGCUCAAUGAGGGCAAGUGCGUGGUGGAUUGGAUGAUCCGCACUUGGGGCCUAGACCUGUUGAGAAGCGGCAGCGGAGUCAUUGAUGUCGGAGGUGAACCUGGUUUUGUUGCUGUUGCUCUUCUGGAACGUGGAAUCCCGGCCACAGUGGUGGACCCAAGUUGGCGGAUGACUGGCAAAACCAACCGCUUGACCAACAUCGAGCAGAUGGUCCAAAUGCCACAGUGCCCCAAAUUUCAAUUCUUUCAGGAGAUGUUUGAUGAAGGUUUCUACCAACGUCACCGUGGCUUUGUGGAUUCAGCAAGUGCCAUCAUCUCACUCUAUGGAGAUGAGGCGACCGAGCCCAGUUUGCGCUUUGCGGCCUCGCUGGGGAAGCCCUGUGCGCUGAUCCCAUGCAACGAGUGCUUUCGCUUCUUCCCAUCCCACAAUCGGACCUACGAUGGGUAUGUCCAGGCAUGCAUGGAUGUGGCAAAUCAGAACAAAGGCCGCUUUGAGUUGGUGAACUUGGUUGGAGCUCCGUUUUCAAGGGCUUUGCUUGUACAACCUCCUUUGCCACAAUGGGCCAAGAAGUAUGCGGAAGGAGAAGAAUGGCUGGGAGAUGUGAAGCAUGGCACAGGUGAAGAGUCCGUGGCUGUACCCUUGAAGGUUUUGAAGGAUCUCGGUGUGCUUUACCAGGUGCUUUGGAAAAUGGAGUUAGCCAAACAAGGUGCCUGAAGGACAGAGACAGAGGGGUCCUCUUACUCACGUCGUGGCUGCGCCCUGACAUCAGAGUGGCAGGGCGUGGCUGUUUUCCCGACUCAGACUCGCUGUGUAAGGCUGGGCGCGAAUGAGUCCAGCAAUCCAGCACCCGAACCGCUGCGCAAAAA